AUGGAUCAGCUCGCGUCGCGCCAACAGCAACUAGACGCCAUGAUGGAAAGCGUGCUCAUCAUCGGCGCCGGCGAGCUCGGUCUCUGCGUCAUCGAGGCACUGGCGGCACAUCCGCAGCGCAACCGCAUGAAAAAGAUGUCGGUGCUGGUUCGGGCCGCGACGUUGGAGUCCACGGCGGCAGCUGAGAAGCAGCAGACAGUGCAGAGGAUCCGGGCACUCGGGGCCGAGUUCGAGACCGCCGACGUGGUGCAGGCGUCGGUGGCGGAGCUGGCGGGCAUCUUGUCGCGGUACGGCACCGUGGUGUCGUGCUCGGGCAUGGAGCUGCCGGCGGGGACGCAGACAAAGCUGGCGCAGGCGGCGCUGGCCGGGCGGGUGAGACGGUAUUUCCCAUGGCAGUUUGGCAUGGACUACGAGGCCAUUGGCGAGGGCAGCUCGCAGCACCUGUUUGACGAACAGCUCCGGGUGCGGGCGAUGCUGCGUGAGGCCACGGCCGUGGAGGAGCAGGAGGAGCAGGAGGAGCAGGGAGGAUCGAAGGGCGGGGGGACCGAGUGGGUGAUUGUGUCAACGGGCCUGUUCAUGAGCUUCCUCUUCGUCGCGGCCUUUGGCGUCGUCGACCUGGAGAAGAGGACGGUGCGGGCCCUGGGCGGCUGGGAGCAGGAGCUGACGGCGACGACGCCCCGGGACAUUGGCCGGGCGACGGCCGAGGUGGUGGUGGACCCGCGGGAGAUUCGCAACCAGGUCGUCUACACGGCGGGCGACACCAUCUCGUACGCGCGCCUGGCCGACACGCUCGACGGGCACUUUGGCGGCGCGCCGUUUCGGCGGGAGCUGUGGGACGCGGCGACGCUGCGGCGGCAAGUGGAGGAGGCGGACGGAGGCGAGGCGGUAAUGGCUCGGUAUAGGGACACGUUUGCGCAAGGGCGCGGCGUGGCGUGGGGCAUGGACGGGACGCUGAAUGCGCAACGGGGGAUGGCUAUGACGGACGUGGAUGGGUAUCUGAGGGAGAUGGGAGCCGGGGGGUCGGGCCCGGAGCCGGGGGCGGGGCCGGCGUCGGGCUGA